GCGGCUAUUGUAUAAACUACUAUCCAUUGACGAUCCGUACCUACUCUACACACAGCACACGUUAGGAAGGUUUAUGAUGGCUAAUUCCUCUGCUAAGGAAGGCUCUGCCACGAACGAGGGAAUUCAACAAUACUACAUUAAUAAGAUAGAAGAACUUCAGUACUCAGUGUCUGAGAAGUCCCAGAACGUGCGCAGACUUGAGGCUCAGAGGAAUGAACUCAAUGCUAAGGUACGGCUGUUGAGGGAGGAGCUACAACUACUACAAGAGCAGGGCUCACACGUGGGAGAGGUUGUCAAGGCGAUGGACAAGAAGAAAGUAUUGGUUAAGGUACACCCCGAGGGCAAGUUUGUGGUAGACCUGGACAAGGCCAUUGACAUGGCUGAUGUGGGGAAUAAUUGUCGUGUUGCUCUGAGAAAUGACAGCUACAAACUGCACAAGAUACUCCCCAACAAGGUGGACCCCCUAGUGAGCUUGAUGAUGGUGGAGAAGGUCCCUGACUCUACGUACGACAUGGUGGGGGGUCUAAGCAAACAGGUUAAGGAGAUCAAAGAAGUGAUAGAGCUACCAGUGAAGCAUCCUGAGCUCUUCCAAUCCCUCGGCAUCGAUCAACCAAAGGGUGUCCUGCUGUAUGGUCCCCCUGGUACUGGCAAGACCCUGUUAGCCAGGGCAGUAGCACAUCACACCGAGUGCUGCUUCAUCCGUGUCUCUGGCUCUGAGCUGGUACAGAAGUACAUAGGGGAGGGGUCGAGGAUGGUGAGGGAACUGUUUGUCAUGGCAAGAGAACACGCCCCAUCUAUUAUAUUCAUGGACGAGAUUGACUCCAUCGGGUCUUCACGACUUGGUGGGGGGUCUGGAGGUGAUAGCGAGGUGCAGCGGACCAUGUUGGAGUUGCUGAACCAGUUGGACGGGUUUGAAGCCACGCAGAACAUCAAGGUUGUCAUGGCCACCAAUCGUAUUGACAUCCUCGAUGCAGCACUACUGAGACCAGGUCGCAUUGAUAGGAAAAUAGAGUUCCCAGCUCCGAAUGAAGACGCUCGACUGGACAUUCUACGUAUUCACAGUCGUAAGAUGAACCUGACAAGAGGUAUCAACCUGCGCAAGGUGGCAGAGGCCAUGCCAGGAGCGUCGGGGGCUGAGAUCAAGGGUGUGUGCACUGAGGGUGGCAUGUACGCUCUCAGAGAGAGGAGAGUUCAUGUGACCCAGGAGGACUUUGAGAUGGCCGUUGCCAAGGUGAUGCUGAAAGACUCCGAGAAGAACAUGUCCAUCAAAAAGCUCUGGAAGUGAUCGCUCCUAAGAGAGAGAGUGGGCAGAGAAAUGAACUUAUUGAACUCUGUAUUAAUUAGUUAUAAUUAUGACACUAUGUACGUAUAAUCAUUGCUUAUUCAACUGUAUUUCAAUCAUGAUGAAUUUGCAUUAUUAUUCACAUUAAUUCUCAAUCAAUACGA